UCUCUCUCUCCCUCUGGCUAGGGAAAAUUUUCUUUGGAAAACGUGAGACAACAUGCAUUGUUUCAUCAAACUCUUGAGUGCGGCCCAUCUCCCGCGAGUAUCGGCCACCUCGUGUUGUGGCUUAACCUCAUGUUUGCACUCAUUUUUACAAAAAAAAAAAAAAAAGAAACAUUUCUUCUUGAUACAUGUUUCUGUGCGCUUUGGGUGAUACAUCAAGUUACUUAAUUCGAAGUAUGAGGGUGGUUUUUGAAUCCAAUGCCCGGUGUGGCCAAUUCCCAUCAGAAGCUUUUCCGAUAAAAGGUAAGGCGUUCCUCGUCGUCGCAGUUCUAGAAGACAGAAGCGUAAUCAACUUUACAUUUUGUGGCUGAAUCUCGCACUCAUCACGAGCCGGCUUAGUCGUCGAACCUACCUUCAUGGGCAACGUAAUGCGGAGGUCCCGCUUACAUGAGAUUGAACUCACCAUGGGUGACUGCGAUCGACGGCCCACGUUGGAUAUCCAACUAUAGCAUGGGCCCCGCACCCCCCUCCACAUCGACGCUCACAAGUCACAAGCGACUGAUUAGAAGGUGGGUAAAGGAAGGUGUGGAAGUUUCUGCUCGGCCCACCGGCUCGGUGGUGAAUAACGCAGUCUCUUGUAGCUGUGCGAUUAUUGAGGGUGAGUCACCAAACUCAUCGCCGCUAGGACUAGGUCGCUAGCUCAUGUCAUUUUUUUAGAAAAUAGUUUCUCACCUACGUCCCCAACUACUUAUUUAUUAUGUAUGAAAAUUAUGCUCUCUUUAGCAAUAUAUUAUUGCCCCAUCAUGAAGGUUUCAUUGACUUGUCCACGCUUAUCUCUUGUUUCCAGCUUGACCAUUUCUUGAUCUAUACCAACUAGUUGAACAAAUUCAUGGAUAAGUUAUGAGGAGAUGCCAACCUCUAUCCUUGAUAUGCUCAGCUUCUAGAUUUUCUGUAGAUGUAAAUUCUUCCUUGUUCUUAGUGUCCAAGUAUGUCAACGCAGUCAUGUGGAUUAAGGAAAAUUACAUAUUUGCACUUGAAAGUUUUGUAUGUGUUUUAUCUUUGAUCUUGGACGACUCUGAAGGGAACCCAGACUUGAGAGCAGUAUUAAAAUUUGUGGUGUUUUACCACUCAGACCCAAAGGUUGUGCAUUUAUAGCUUUGCCCUGCCAAGAAAUUGACGAUCGUAAGGACCAUCACUUACUACGUGAGUUGACAGCCACAACCUACCUCACUGCUUUAACUUUUUCCUUACUCCUUGUUUCAGCUUCUCCAACGGGCGCCAUGCCGCCACCUGCUCUUCAAAAGUUGGCAUUUCUAUAGCCAGAGACUAGAAAGAAAUCUAUAAAUUUGUCGAUUUCGUAGAAUACAUGCCAGACGGGUUUUAAAUUCGUGAUGUCCUAUCCACUUGGCAGGGUUUACAAGACAAUUGAACUUCACUAGAUCAGUGGAGCUAUUAGAAGCCUUUCAUUUAAAGCUCUCUUCGCCCUCAGUCCUCACCUUACGUGAGUCUGUUUUGAGCACCUUAUGGUUUCAAACUUAGUAGUUUAAAGUGAUCAUCUCCCGAUGCACAUCUUAUCUCAGUCAUGGGGUUCUUGAUUUGAUUACCUUGGGGUUUGGUAUUGCUAAUAAUAAAAUACACUGCUGUUUGUAUCUACUACAGUACUACUUGACUUUUUAUUUAAGGGUUACCUGCUUCGAGUUGGGCUGAAUCUGGAAGGUAAAGUGGUAGUCAUCCAUAAAAUUGUAACACAAGCUGUGGAUGGGCCUCUUGGUGAUCUGAUAUUUCAAGUGGUCUGCUCUUCAAAGGUUCUUUGCACACGCAGGCUUGUGUGUGGUUUCUUGGUCUGUGUGAGGAAAUGUUGCGUGCAAAGCAUUUGAUGUGAAUACUGUUUAGUGAAGUUCUUUAAAACUUCAGGAAUAAUAUUGCACAGAUGCAAGUGAAUACACAAAAUAUAUUAAUGAAGGUAGAGUGAUCAUUUAUAAAUGAGGUUAAAUUAACUAAUAUUGCAGCUUUUGAUAAAUAAGUAAAUAAAUAAAUAAAUACAAGGCAGAAUAGUGCAUGAAGCAGGCAGAAUAGUGUAUGAAGCUGGUGAGGAGCCAACACUGGUUAGGUUAACAUUUAUAUAAUUAGUUAGUACUAGUGUUAGGUAGGAUUUCUUAUAUGUAGCAUCAACAUACUUAGAUAUUAAAUAUUCUGUAGAACCCACAGGUGUCCGAUUGUAAUUUCACGUUUGCCCUUCGUUUUUGUUGCCGGUUUUACUUUUCCUUACGAUUUUAGGCCAAAGUUCUAUCUUCGUUGUUGCUUAAAAAAAAAUUAUUUUAACUCUAGUUGAGGAUGCUGGUGGAGGGAAGAAAACGAUUCUUUUAUGUACAGGUGAAAAGGAAAAAUUGAGCUUUCUGAAACCAAUCUUCUAUGUGUUCGAAAUGCAAACAUAGUUGGACGUGAAGCCUCUUUUUGACAGUCAGAAAAAUUGAGGUGCCUAUCAACAAAAUCGUAAAUAUGCGGCUUACUAUCUAAGUAUGGUCCGAGGCGACCCAUUAGCACGAACCCCUGGGGUCUGUAGUAGAGACGGUGCGUCUGUGUUGCUGUGGUUUUGGAAGUGGAGUGAUGUUGAUGAGGCGAGGAUUGUUUCUAUUAAAUAGCAGGAGCCUGUGCUUGAGUCUUCUUCAAGGCUCGUGUUCGUAUGAACCCAAAAGGUUUAGUCAAUUUUCCCUUUUGGUACGCAAAAAAGGAGAGAAAGAAAAGAAGAGGAAGCCGAGACUACUGGUGGUUAAUCCAUAAGUUUUCUAAGGUGAAGUCACAGGGGAAUCUACCACUCCCCAUUUCAACCUUUCGGCCAAGACAAUGCAAUAUUCGGGUCUGAACUCGUUUAGUCUUGAUAGGUGAGUGGGGCCAUUGCGGGUCAAGCUUCUAAUCUUUUUCUGAGUGGGGCCAUUGCGGGUCAAGCUUCUAAUCUUUUUCUUUCUUUUUUUCUAGGUUUCUGACAACGGAUGUGAUUAGAGAAAAAGUAGAAAUCAUUAAUUGUCUCAAAUAAUUUUCAUGAAAAUUUUUAUGUCAAUAUUACAAAUUCAAAGUGGGGUUUAUGUGCGUCCACAAAUAUUUUAGAAAAUUGAGAUUUUAUAAAAUUGAGUAACACCGGUCACAUGGUUCUCCAACAAUGUGAAAAGGGAAGGCUUCCCACUUUGAAAAGGUGCAUGACAGGACAAAAGAUUGUAUCAAAUUGGCCCCCCGACAAAUCUUCUGCGUCUUCGAACACCGUUUCCUGUAUUUGUUACACAUAAUUCGAAAUGUCCCUCCCUCUCAAGUCGCCGUGACUCAAAUGGCCCUCCUUCCUCCAAGGGCCCCCACGAACGUUCAACGACAGAAUUGACCGACUUCCCCUGCCGUCUCGUUUCUUUGGUCAUACCUGCCGAGUAAUGAUGUGAAGAGACUCUUCUUAAAUCUUUCAAUCUUUCUUCUCGUGGCUACCGGAGGAGACAAGCCAUGUCUUUGCGCGUCUUUCGUUUCUUUCUUUUCCCUGCUCUUGUGAUUAAUCUUUUCCUGGCUGCUACAGUCGUGUCCAAUCUCAGCAGUACGAAUUUCUGUAGUUCUCCUUUCAACUGCAGCAACUCAACUCCAAUUCUCUUCCCCUUCAGUUCUCUCAAUUCUUCUUGCUGUGUCAACCUCAUAUCAUGCAACGGGAACGUCACUAAGAUUCGUCUAUUCGACAGCGAUUUCAUUGUUAAAAGAAUUACAUACCUUGAUCGUAGCAUGGAAGUUCGCUACCCUGAUUCGUAUGAGACAAAACUUUGCUCAUCACCUCAAAACUUCACCUUCUCUGGAAGACUCCUUACUAGUGGUUUCCGGCUCUCUGGUGUCAACCUUACCUUCUUCAAGUGCAAUGCUGCUAAUGAUUGGCUUCUGCGACCUCCGUCCUCAUGGAAGAGAAAAGACUGUGCUGAUGGCUCUUUGCUGUAUUAUUAUUACAGUCCACAGGAACAGAUAAAGCUGCCUCUUGAUGUCCAUCGCAUCAAUUGUCCUAUGUAUGAAAUCCCUGCUGGUGUUGAGGAGUCCGUGUCUGCAAACCUUUCUGCCAUAUUGAGUGGUGGAUUUUUUCUUCGCUGGAGGUUUGAUUGCCUCAAGUGUAAUACCAGUGGGGGCCAGUGUGUAUUUGGAGAGGAUGAUGCCCCUGCUUGUUACUGCAAAGAUGGAUUAGUGCACCAAAAAAAUUGUUCUGACGGAUCACCUUCAAAAUCAGCUGGAAAUAGGAGCAAGAGCAAAAUAAUUAUAGGCGUGGUUUCAGCUUCUAGCAGUUUUCUGCUGGCAAUCAUAGGUUUCUUCGUCUGGCGCUGUCUUGGUAAGAAACGAACACCUUCUUCCAAGGGAUUCUUAACUCGAUCCUUUUCGUCCUCCAAAACCUCAAGCACAAUUGAUAUGGAAAGCAGAAGCUUCCACCAAAGGUGUGCUGGCCGUGUCACCAUCUUCACAUACAAGGAGCUGGAAGAAGCCACCCACAAUUUCAGUCCCUCAAAUGAGCUUGGUGAUGGAGGAUUUGGUGCAGUCUAUCUUGGAAACCUCCAUGAUGGUCGUAAAGUGGCUGUGAAAAAACUUUAUGAGAACAACUACAAGCGCGUUGAGCAAUUCAUGAAUGAAAUUGCCAUCCUCUCUGGCAUCAGCCACCCAAAUCUUGUUUGCCUCUAUGGAUGCACUUCGCGCCAUAGCAGAGAGCUGCUUUUGGUAUAUGAGUAUGUGAACAAUGGGACAGUUGGAGACCAUAUUCAUGGCAUGCGUUCUAGUGGAGGGCAUCUGACAUGGAAGGUGAGAUUGAACAUAGCUGUUGAAACUGCAGGGGCAUUAGCCCAUUUGCACGGGCUUGAACCACCAAUCAUUCACAGGGAUGUUAAGACCAACAACAUACUACUUGACAGAGAUUUCCAUGUUAAAGUGGCCGACUUUGGCCUGUCACGCUUGUUCCCACUUGACGUGACGCAUGUCUCAACUGCUCCUCAGGGGACACCGGGCUAUGUUGAUCCUGACUAUCACAAGUGCUACCAGUUAACAGAAAAAAGUGAUGUUUACAGCUUUGGUGUAGUACUUGCAGAACUAAUCUCUUCGUUGCCUGCUGUUGAUAUCAGACGGCACAGGCAUGAGAUAAAUCUUGCCAAUUUGGCCGUUAAUAAGAUCAACAAUCAUGAAUUGCAUGAAUUUGUUGAUUCUUCACUUGAGUUUGAGACUGAUGAGUGGGUAAAUCGAACUGUAAGAGCUGUUGCGGAGCUGGCAUUCAGGUGUUUGGUACAAGAGAGGGAAAUAAGGCCAACAAUGGACGAAGUUGCUGAAACAUUGAGGCAGAUCCAGUCGGGUGAGUGUGAAUCAGACAAGGUGGCAUUGUCACCAGAGAAAGAAACUGGUGCAUUGCUGAAGCCUACCUCACCCAAAUCUGUUACAGAUCAAUGGCCGAGCCACUACACUACGCCUAAUAAUAGUGGGUAAGGUUUUGAUGCCAUUAUUACCGAGGGAACAGCUUUGGAGCUCAUGGAGAAUUCUGCAUACAGGCUUUCUUUCUCUGUACAUAGGAGUCAUUAUACUACUCUUACUACUUGCGUUUUAGCGCUUAUACACAGUAAUAAUUAGUUGAAAUGUUAACUUUAUUGCUUGUAUAGGUCAAUAUUCAGUUCAAUAUUAAGUUAUCAAUCAUUUCAA